CAAAAAAAGAUCCCUUCUCUUCCCCAAGAAGUUUCAGUACUAAUAACUCUACUAAAAUAGCCUCAACAUUAAGCCAGUAAAAUAUCCAAGCUCUAUAAAAUACCACAAAGUUACCGGCCAUAAGCAGAGACCUCAAAAUCUCACCAACUAUCUGAAACUGACUUCCAGCAGAGCCAAGAUGAGCGCGCCGGCGGCCGUCAGGGUGAUCGGCGCUUUCGACAGCCCGUUCAGCCACCGCGCCGAGGUUGCCCUGCGCCUCAAGGGAGUUCCCUACGAGCUCAUCCUGGAGGAGCUCCACAACAAGAGCGAGCUGCUGCUGACGAGCAACCCCGUCCACAAGAAGGUGCCCGUGCUCCUCCACGGCGACCGCGUCGUCUGCGAGUCCCUCAUCAUCGUCGAGUACGUGGACGAGGCCUUUGACGGGCCGGCGCUUCUCCCGACCGACCCCUACGACCGCGCCACCGCCCGCUUCUGGUCCCGCUUCGUCGACGACAAGUGCUCGACGCCGUUCUGGCUGGCGAUGUGGACGGACGGUGAGGCGCAGAAGGGGUUCAUCAAGGAGAUCAAGGAAAACUUUGCGAUCCUGGAGGCGCAGCUCGAGGGGAAGAGGUUCUUCGGCGGCGACACCAUUGGCCUCGUCGACAUAGCCGCCUGCGGGUUCGCGCACUGGCUCACCGUCUGCGAGGAGGUGUCCGGAGUGACACUGGUGACGGCCGACGAGUUCCCCCGCCUCUGUCGCUGGGCCAAGGAGUACGCUUCCGACGAGAAGGUCCGGGCGUGCUUGCCGGACAGGGCGCAGAUGCUCGCCCAUUUCACGGCCAACAAGCAGAUGUUUAUGGCCAUGGCAAAGUCAAUGCUGCCAAAAUAAAGUUACGUAUGUUGAUGUGGAAAUGGGUGCGUGCAUGAGAAGAUAUUUGUUGUAGCCCAGAGCCCACGGUCGUCAUGUGAUGGAAUAGAAAACACGUUCAUCAGUAUUAAUCAGUGAUCUGAUGAAUGUAUCAACUUUGCAAUACCAAAUUACAGUUUGAGCCUC